AUGAACUCAAGUCCUUUUAUUGUAAAAGACUCAAAUAAGAAAAAUGCUCGGCAAAGUGCAAAUAUUAAUUUGAAAAUGGUCGGAAAAAACAAAAAUAACAAUCAAAUAACAGUCGAUACUCACGAGAGUCACUCAACCAACAAACAAGCACAACAACAAUCGAUUUUUGCUGGUUUUGAUCUACAGUUGGCAGAAGGUUUCAGAGGUGGAGCCAAUGGUGGUGGUUCAUGCGCAGCUUGUACAAUUAUUUUAAAUCUUGUAGAUCAAUAUUCAGUUAUUCAUGAGAAAUCAAUUGAACAUACCAUGGAUGAAAUUUGUUCAUAUUUACCAAAGGAAGCUGCUUCCAUUUGUACUUGGUUAGUAAAUACAUUUGGAGAUGAUGUUAUUGAGAAGUUUGCUCAAUAUCAACGUGCCGACGAUGUCUGUCACUCCAUGAGUUUCUGUACUCUCCCAACAUGCCGUUUAUUCAACAAUGUAACAGCCACCUUCACCGGUCCAUACUACAACAGACCAGAGGUUGCAGCAUUCAAUGCUAUUGACCCAUGGCAAUGGAUUAAGAACUUGAUUAACAAAUUCGGAAAUGGACAUUUACCAAUUGAAGAUUUGGAUGGUGAUAGAUAUUCACUUGAUAGUACUUUCAGAGGAUAUAGUUGGAGAGGAAAAGAUUGUGAUGACACUGCCAAACACAUCUAUCCAGGUGCUGAAAACGAUCCAAAUUUCCCAGAUAUCGAUUGGAACUGUAAUGGUAUCAUGGGUAGCAAUGCUUUAGAUAAAUCAUGGGAAGAAGUUUUGUGUGGAAACUCUGGAGCUAUGGGUACCAUUGUCGUUGGUGACAGUGCAGGUGCUCAUUUCUCAAUUCCACCACAAUGGUUGACCGCUGCAGACAUCAACUCUACCACCUACGUCGGAAUGAUGGCCACCUUGGAGAAUGAACUCGAUUGGCCAGAGCGUUCAAGUUACACCGGUUGGAAUACCAACUCCUCAGCUGGUCCAGUCGAUUCCAUCUAUUUGCGUUUGUUGGAGCGUAAUCGUUGCAAUCAUCGUGACUAUCAAAAUGCCGGUGUCAACGGUGCUCGUUCCGGUAAUGUUGCCAACGGAAACAUUCAAUCGAUUUCUCGUCACCAACAAACCGACAACCCAGUUCUUCUCUUCUUGGAGUUGAUUGGAAACGAUGUUUGUUCCGGUCACCACGACUUGGAUCACAUGACAACCACCGAGGAAUUCGAAGCCAACACCUUGAAGUCAUUGAACUAUUUGGACAGUGUUUUGCCAAUGGGUUCGCAUGUUGUUUUCGUUGGUUUGGCCGAUGGUCGUGUCCUCUGGGAUUCACUUUGGAACCGUACUCACCCAAUCGGUGCAACCUACGAACAGGUCUAUGACUUUUUGAAUUGUUUGGAACUCAGUCCAUGUUGGGGAUGGAUGAAUCCAAAUGAAACUAUUCGUGAUGCCACCAGUGCACGUGCCGCUGAACUCUCGGCAAUGUACAACGUAAUCAUUAGCAACUACACCUUUACUCAUUUCGAUAUGCAAUAUUACGAUUUCCCAUUCCCUGCAAUCAACGCUGAAUGGAUUGCACAAGGUGGACAAACAUGGCAAUUGAUUGAACCAGUCGAUGGUUUCCAUCCAAAUCAAAUGGCCAACUUCUUGAUCACCGGUGUUCUCUGGAAUCAAUUAAUGACUGACCACCCAGAUUGGCUAGGUCAAGUCAACCCAUACAAUCAAUUAAUUCAAUCACAAUUUGGUGAUCAAAAUGGAUAUACUUCUUAA